AUGGAACAGCUGCCAAAUGAACCGUUUGUACCACCGAGUGCUAGUGCUGCCGGAGACGUUACACUAUUGACCUUGGAUAAUUGGGAAGAAGUAUGGGACACAGGAUAUGGAGGCAUCCCUUGCCCUCCAGGGCAUUACUGCCCAGCAGGUGCCAAGGGACCACAGGCUUGUCCAGCCGGAAGUGUCAGACAGGCUACAUUAGGCAGAUGGGAAAGCGAUUGUUCUAUUUGUCCGAAGGGGUUCUAUUGCCCUGCCCUCGCGCUUGUCCCUGAACCUUGCCCAGUGAGCGAAGCUUAUGGCCUGCACACUACCCGGUGCCAUAAACAGGCGUCUUUUCUGAGUGGGUGCUUGCUUUGCGGGGGACCGCAGUCCCACGCAAAUGCCUACAGGGAACUUGGUGCCCUGCCGGUAGCGGCGAACCACAACUAUGCCCAGCUGGAGCUCUGUGUCCAGGCACCUACUCAAGCGAGCCUGGAUCUAGGAGCGAGACACCUUGUCCUCCAGGGACAUACGGACUUCAAGCUGCCUCAUCAAGUGCUAAGGCUUGCUAUUCAUGCCCGGGGAACGAAUCGAGCGUUCCAACAGGCAGACAGGUCGUGCGUUUGCCUGUCCGGGUUCCACUAUAUUCAAGGGAAGGAAGACCUUAGUGAUCAGGAUGGCGUGGAGCCCUGCCAACAAACUAUUUACGAUGAAUGCACAGAAGACGCGGUGCGGGACUCAACAGGAGCUUGCUCAUCUUCAAAGGAUAUUUGCUCUAGCCAGUGCGGCCCGGCAGGCGGUUCCUUUAGCAGUAUAUCGGGUCUUUGCUCUUGUGCCGGCGAAAAGUCCCUGGAUGAAGUCUGCGACGAAGCUUGCAGGGCUACGCGCCCCCAAUUGAUUCUAAAGGAGUCUAAGCUGCUUAUUGACGACCCUGAAACAGCGUCGGGCGACAGAGAGUUUGCGCUACAAGAUCUUACAACGCAGACUGGGCUUGCCACUGGUUCAUAUGAGUGCGAGGACAAAGCAGGCUGUACUAUCCGGAUGUUUGAUACGACGCUAGCCAAAAUGACAGGUCUUGUGGGCGUACCACAGAGUUUCGUUGAUGACGUAACUGAACGCUUAGAGGGAUACGGCAUCGUGCCCGAAAUCCCCAGCAGCGGUGAGGAAGAAGGAACAAAAGACACGGAAAUUGAUGCAAGGGCUCACACACGACGAUUGGCACCAUCUGUCGACUUCGGUUACUUCGGAGUGUCCGAUCCAGUCCAAUGCCUUCCACUGGGCUCGACUGUAGCCUGGCACAUCCGCCCGAGCCCUAAUCCCAUAUACCCGGUGUAUCUUCGGAACAAUUUGUUGAACACGAACCAACAGUUCGACUACGGAGCCUUUAGGGAACUGGAUACCGACAUGAAAGCGGGAGAACAGAGAAUCCUAUUCAUGUUUACCUUCAAAGAUCCCGGGCUCUACGUAUUUGGCCUGAAUGCAGACCAAAACAAGAUCUUGGUCCUGCGUGUCAUGGAACCCAAAAGGCUUUGCAGGGACGACGCACUGCUACCCCAACUGCGAACUGCUGAGACACUCGCCGCCAUUUCUGCGCGGCUCCCUACUGCCUUAGAAACAUCUGGCUGGCUGUUAUUUAGUGCAGUCGUUUUGGGGACCGUAUUGAUGGCAGUGUUCCUGUUUUUGGCGGCCUGGACGGUCAAACAUCAGAGACUGGAAAAGCUUGAAACAGACCCCAAAUCGAAAUACAACCAGCGGCCCCCAAAGGAGACAUCCACGUAUGUUAUAUGGGACAAGGAGCAUGAUGAAGAGCGUGAAGAGAUUCUAUCUACACUGCUUAGCCUGCUCCGGUUAAGAAGACGAGAUCUUGUCAACAAGCUGGCGCGGGAAGAGAAGGAGCACCAGGAGGAAGAGGCCCUCAAAGGCAAAGGCGAGCAGCUACUGCUACUGCGCCAAGCAAGCGGGAUGUGGUCACGAAACGACUCCCUAGUCUCAAGUAUUAUUCUUCCAGCUGUUGGUGAAAAAGGGCAGACGCAAAUUUCUUCGAUCAAGCUUUCUGUAGAGACGCAGAUAGAAGAACUCCUCGAGGAGUUCAGAAAAGCUCGGGCUGAUGAGGACGACGACAUGCCUUCCAUAAUAGAGAUCUACAAAGCCAGAAUGAGAAAUCUUCUGGAAGAAGCUCAAGGAGACACAAACCUUGCUUUCAAGAGCAUGCUUUCUGAAGAUAUUGAAGGGCACCUAAUGACUGGCAGUGCUUUGUUGGAGCUAAGAGAAGCCAGGGCCAACUUGGCACGAAGCGAAGACGAGGCUGAGGAGCAAAAGGCUCUUGAAAUAUAUCGUGCGCUCGCAGGAGCAGCAUGGAAGCUAACUGUGUACACAGCUGUCAUUGAACAAGAAAUUUCGUCUUCCACCCAAGCGGUAAAUAGGGCUGCUUUCGAGGGAAAGCAAGCGGUGGAAACGGCGAAGAUGGAUUCCGGCGAAGCAGCCAAAGCGCUGAAGGUUGCUGUGAUGGGUAGUCUUAAGGUUUCAAAAGAAACUCACCGCCUUCGGGACGCCGAGCUAGAAUCCGCCACUGCUGCCCUUAAGCGUGUCAUUGCUUCAAGGGCAGAAUCGGUUCACAAGAGACAGUCUGCAUUCAAGUCGCGCAAGCUUUUGAUGCUUCAAAAACGGCAAGAACUGGCAGUUCAGCACGUAUCUCUGCAAGCACAAUGUGCAGUUGCGCUGAUGCGCAGGGGGUUGCACAUACUGGCUGAACAACUGAAGGCUGCUACGACUUAUGAAACAACCCUCUUCCAAAAUGUCGCCAAGUUCGGGGUGGAUAUGGCGACAUUGAUAAAGGAUAACACAGAGGAUCUCAGCGCACCGGCAACUCUUCAGGACGAACUGAAAACGCAGCAGGGUGAAGCGCUGGCUAAGUACAGAGAUCAGUUGCUUGCGUGCUUGCGAAACCAGAGACAGGAAGCAACGGAAGAACUGUGGGACCUGGAGCUACAAGAACGAAAGCGGGUCGCCGAGCUUCUCGAAGAUCAAACAGAGCAACUCGAAGUAGCCUGUAAUAAACUGGAUGAGGCUACCGCGAAAGAGGAGACAGUCCUUGACGAGUACGAGGAUACCGUACUAAAAUUAAGACAACAGAACCAAAGGGGAUUAAAGGAACUAGACACAAUCCAUGCUGUCUCUACAUUCAAGCAAAAGCUGCUCAGCAAAGUUAAUGAUUCGUUUUUGGCCCGCGCAAACGAGAAAGAGUGGAGGCUUGCAGCAGCUGAGCUGGAGCCGCUCAUAGGCCGAGAGAAAGAAACGUACUGUCGAUACGCCGACUUAGCUUUCCAGACUCAGAACGAAAACGCCAUGAGGGCUCUUCAGAGCUCAAGGCAAAACCGCCUCAGCCAGGCAGCUCUCACAAAGUCCAUGGAGCAAGCUGAGGAGGAGGGAGAGGAGGACUUGCUCAACAAACGCCGGGCUAUGGGAACUGAUGAAGUCCAACGUAUCGUUUGGCGCAUUUGCGCCAUUCUGUCAUCUGGAGGAGUUGCCUCUGCAGAAACGUCUAAGCCUAGUCUCGUUGUUCCUGAAAACAGGCAAGAUGAAACGAUCGAAGAACUACGCCAGCAGCUUCGUCGCCGACGAAAGAAGCAUCUAGCCUACUGCAUUGCACAGCGCAACAUGAUUGAGGGUAGUUCUAAGUCCGCUUUAGCCAUUCUUCAGAGCGAGACUAUUCAGGGGCUCUCGGACACGUCAGAGGCUAUCGAAAAAUUCAGCAGGGGCUCUGCCACAAUGGAGGCAGCAGAUUCCUCUGCAACAAUUUUGCAAAUCAUGGAAGAAGCUCAGCAAAAGCUGGACAAGGCCCUUGAGGAAAUUCAGAAGGAACAGGAGGAAGCAGAGGAACGCGAUAGAAUCGAGCGAGAACAGGAAAUUGCUGAACGGAGGAGAGCUCACGAGCUGGCGAAGCAAAAGCUUAACGAAGAGCGGGAAGCAAAACUAGCACAAGUUCCUGAUGACGCAAGGGAAGAACUUCUUAAAGAACAUGAGCUUGCACUAAAGCAAAUGGAGUCGACAUUGGCAGCUGAACUGCAAGAGCAAGAAGAGCGAGCUCAGCGGCGGCUGCUGGAGCGAAGGCAACGUCUACAACAAAAGCGGCAGGAAGCAGAAGCGCAGAAGCAGAAAGCAAUUGAACAAGCUAAAGCGGAACUUGAGGCAAAGAUUGCUGCUGAGGCUAAGCAGAAAGAAGAGGCAGCAGAAAUGGAGGAGUUGCAACGCCUAGUCAAUCAGGGUAGCAACACUGCUGCAGUGGCACAGCUGCUAGCACGCAAACACGACAAGGAAACGGCGUCGCUUCUUCAAGAGCUAACUAUGAAAAAAGCAGAAGAGAUCAGCGCACUCACGGAAAACUUCUGGAAGGACAAGGGAGGCAGAGUGUGCGACGGACGUCCUGACGAUGUGCAAGAGCUCUACAAAGUGGAUGACCGCAUUACCCUGCAAAUGCAGGAGCUACAGCAGCGCCAAGCGGCAGAAACGGAGGCCAUGAUGAAACAGAUGGAACGCAUGGCGAAACUGACACGGGAAACUGAGUUGCCUCAAAUGUCUGAAGAAGAACAAUAUGCUCAGCUACAGCGAGAAGCUGAAGCUGCGGCAGAGGAGGAAGUUGGCGCCAUAGAAAAACGCAUGAUGGAAGAACAGGAAAAGCUGCUAAAGGAAAUGGAAGAAAAGCGCAAUGCCUACGAUAAGGUGCUGGACAAGUUGAAGCACCGUAAACAAAUGGAGGAAAAACGACGAGCAUUGCUUCAAGAGCAGGAGCAGCGCAAGCGAGAAGGACAGGGAAGUGCGCUAAAGCAGCUCAUGAGCCAGUUCGAGGAACACAGGAAGUUGCUGGAAGAAGCGCUGGCUAUUGAGGCGGAAAGGCAGCACAAACAAGCAAGAGAGCGCGUUCUUCUGCGAAAUGCCGAGAGAGCGGAUCGUUUAUACCAGAAACGACUCAUUGAGAAACAGAGGUUCCUUGUGAACCAGAACGAGAUAAAACGACGGGAACUGGGGCUAAACAAUGCCCGGGCAGGAGUGAGGAGCCAGAGGAAUUUGGUCGAGACUUUGAAUCAGCAAGAGCUGAAGCGAAGGAUGGAGCUGGCACAUCGGUUGGAGGAGGAGCGCCAUUGGGCUCCUAUCUGGCGAGAGAUCCUUGAAGAGGAGCAGAACGCGGGCACAUUCGAUUCCUGGGAUCUUGAUGAUCAGCAAAUUAGUUUCGCCGGGCCAUUUGCAACAAAUUUGCUGCACACCGAGCGCAUGCUGCAGAGCGAAGGGUCUUAUAUGCGCAAACUCAUCGGCGAACUCCAGCAGCUCAGCGAGUUGAUUUCUCUUGUAAAUGCAUCUGAGAAGGAGGAAGGGGCAACUCCCUUAGAAGAGGAAGCGUCCAAGCAUUCCUCCAGCAGCUCGUCUUCAACUGAAGAAGAUGAAUCUGAAAGCACUGACAGUGCCAGUUCAGAAAGCAGCAGCACCGAGGAAAGCUCCGAAUCCGAGAGCGACGACUCCAGCAGCGAAUCUCAACCCGCAUCCUCUGACUCCAGUUCAGAUGAAGAGGAACAAGCCGCCUCAUCUAGCAGCGAAGAGGCAUCAGAGAGCAGCAACAGCUCCAGCAGCUCAGCAAGCAGCGACGAAAGUAGCAGCAGCAGUACAAAUUCCUCCAGUUCAGACGCCGAUAGCGACUGA